AUGAUUUUCCCUUCAAGUCGUGUCGCAUACAUUUUGGAUUCUAUGAAGAAGCCUAUGCAAAAUCCUGUCGACACCUGCUACGUGCUUAAACUUUUGGACAUGGCUUUUGCUAGGUAUGAAAAAAAACACAUCAACUCCAAUUGCAAUAUGGAUUCCCAAAUAGAAGGAAAAGGUGUUGAUUACGAUUGUUGCUACGCGGACUAG